UUUGGAAAACACGCUCCACGGACCUGUUCAGAAAGAAAUGGGCUUAUUCUCUUCAUCUUCCGACACUGCUACUGUUGCGCCAAACCGCUCGAAGCGUCAGGUGUGCUGGGACGCCCGUGACGAGUACCUCAACUGCUUGGAGAAGAACAACGUGCUGAACCCGUUCGAGGAUAAGUACUCCAGCGUUAUAAAGAAGGAGUGCGCCCAGCAGGAGAAGGAGUUCGAGUCCAAGUGCGUCAAGAGCUGGGUUCACUACUUCAAGGAGAAGUACGUUGUUGACUUGAAGAGGGAGAGAUUCCUCAAGGACAUGGAGGCGCAAGGUGGUCAACAGCUCCCCUUCCCUAUUGAUAAAAAAUGACCUCAGAUAUAGUAUACCAAUGGAGCAACACUUGUACAUACCGCAUAUAUAUCAAUCCCACUACAACUUUUACUCGGAUUUG